AUGUUACUUACUUGUACUUCCGUGAUGUCGUCUUCAAGAGAAUACAGAAGAAAGCGUUUGGUCACAAUUUCCAACUGUUCAAUCAAUCGAGUUCAGCAAAGCCGAAGAACUUCGCUGAUCCGUCACGAUACGUCAUUGGAAUUCGUACAAACCACAAUCGGCAUGAUAGACUCCUACGCGUUCGCUAACACCACGGCUCGAAGCCUCACUUUUACGGACUGUGUUGUCGGCAAGAUGAAGCGCCUUGCAGCCGCGAAUAGUCGCUUCGAGCGCGUAGAAAUCGCUAACACUCGCAUGGAAUCCGUUGAUGAAGGACUCUUUCAAAACUCGCAUCUCAAGAGCCUCAGCAUCAACUCAUCGAACAUCGCAGACGUGCUUCCGAUGACCUUUCACCGAUCCUUCAUAAGCGAUAUGGAAAUCGUUAUGUCGGAUAUUGGUAGUCUCGACAAGCACGUCUUCAGAGGAGCAAGGAUCCGUACACUCACUCUGCACAGUACAAACGUGAACAAUCUGAGGGGAAAACCUUUUCUAUCCGCUGAGAUAAACACUUUGCAUAUCGUCAAUUGCAAAUUGUAUGGCACUCCAUCCCGUGAGUUCUUCUCAAGACUUACUGCCACCCAUCUUCUGGUCAUCAACACCACUCUCGAUUGCGAUCCAGACGACUGCGAAGUGAACUCGAUGUUUCUGAGACCGCCUCGUCACGAGCUAUUAUGGACAUUUGAGAGGAACUCUUGCAGAACUCCUCCUGGUAAUACCACACACGGGAAAGUUCUCUGUGCUCAGCCAACAGUAAUCCACCGAGCAGGACUCACUUGUCGUCGAAGUUGGGCAAUAGCCGAUUGUGUAUGUACCAGGUCGUCCGCAUCAUUGCCUGAUAUCAAUGCUUCUGUAGCCAUCAUUGGAGAUUGUGAGCAUUUGACGGUGGGGAACAUAAGCACUCCUUUGCAUGCGCUCUACCUUUUCCGAAUUGCUCGGUGUGACGUUGUAAAGAUGCCGGCAACCACUACCACGCUAAAGAUCUUCCAUUCGGAGGUAGCUUUUCACGAGGAAAGCAGUACUGAACAACCACAUAUCAGUUAUGGUCCUAUCACAUGCAAGGGUUCAUCGAGUCGUUCCAAAGGCUUUCGUUAA